UGAUUUAAUAGUUUCUGUUAAUAGAAGUAAGGUUUUUUUAUGAGUGAAAGGUAAAACUGGUUUUUGUUUAGGGUUAUAGUGUUGAGAGAUCUACAUUUUUUCUGAUAAGUGAGCAUUUUAAAAAACAGGCUUUUGUUUUCGAAGCGUAACUUCAAACUAUAGUUAAGUAAAAAUAACGACAGUUGUUGAAAUAAAUUAUAAACACGAUUAUAUUCACUCUUUAUAAUUUUAGUUGUAAAUGGGUUACAUACGUAAUAUCUAUGAACUCGUUAAUUUCUAGGCAAUAAAUAAACCUGAUACAGGGUUUAUUGGACCCUUAACACAAGCUGAAUAUGAACAACUUUAUCCUCGGACUGACAAACCUGAUCUAUUGGCUGAGGUAGCUGCUGAAGAAAAUGAAUGGAUAGAAUUUGAACGGCUUGAUGAAAAAGAAGCUGUUCAAGCUGGAACUGCAGCUUGGACUCCCUUAACACCACCCUAUAUCGAUUCACAUUUCUCCAUAUGGUCUCUGUCAGAAUCUAUAAGUGCUAGUCAGCUUUAUCUGGGUGGAAAGCUACCUCCACCUCCAACAGCUAGUUGGGCAAAAGUAUUACGACGAGACUAUACAGCAGAUGAUUACGAAGAAGAAAUUGAUUAUAUGCGUGCUCGAGCUGAAAAUGAAAUCAAAUAUGAAAUCGGUGAACUGGCUCCUGUGCGAUAUGCAAUUCACGUUCAGGUUGCUUCAACGUAUUCCGAAAGUCUGAUGAUUUCUUCUUUGGCUGAAGAUUAUUAUUGUAUAGCAGGUUAUAUUGGUUGGUGUGAUCUGUCCGAUCCAAGUCUUUCCAGUCAUGUUCAACAAAUGAGUCACGAUCCGUUACUUGUUGGUUUACGUUAUGAUGUUAGUGAAAUGGAUGGUGAUUAUCUGUUGGAGUCAAUGAUCGAUAAUAAUUUCUCAGUAAUUGAACAUCAACAACUUGUAUUCGAUUUAGCUAUUGGACCACAUCAAUUAAGACAUGCAUGUCAUUUAGCUUAUCGUCAUCCUAAAUUAAAAUUAGUACUUAAUCAUUGUGGUUUACCUGUAGAGUUUACUGCAAGCAGAUCAGACAAUUUAGCUUGGAAAAACUGGCGCUCAGACUUGGAACUACUCAGUCGAUAUCCAAAUGUUUAUUGCAAAGUGACUGGUGCUACUGGUUGUAUACAAAAGUCUUCAGAAUCAUCUAACGAUACAUCCGAUGUUUACAGUAUCGAUCAAUGGUGUGCCAGUUCAGCUUUAUCUCAUGCAAUCAGUUGUUUUGGACCAGGCCGUUGUUUAUUUGGUUCCGGUUGGCCAAUAUGUCGAUUAUUCCAACCAAAUCAAACAGGUUGGCCUGAACAAGCCACAGCUAGUGAUUUACAAACAUUUGAUAUACCUGGUGAAAUAGCCGCUAAACGUGCAAGACGAUCAGUUCCAUUGAAAGUUCUUAAUCUAUGGGAAACUGCUAGAUUGGUGGAACAUGCUAUGGGUGAUGCUGGUUAUGGAUCAGUUGAAGAUAAAGAGAAAAUAUUUUCGACAAAUGCACAACAUGUAUAUAGUUUAUCUAUUCGACCAUAUGGUUCAUGUCCAAAACUUAAACGUUCUGAAUAGUAUUGAACAAUCAAUUGUAUCAUAUUAUAAAUUAUGUACAAAGUAUUUAAUGUAUUAUUAUCUAUACGCAUUAUCGAUGAAUUGGUUUUUAUACAAUGCACAAAAUUUUAGUAAUGGGUUUUCCCCCGUUCUAUCUGUAUUGGAGCCUUUUUACUGUUAUAUAAGGCAGAUAAUUAUACAUUUGUCGGGAUUGUUUCAUUGUAAAUAAUGCUUAUAAAUUGAACAACUUAACUGAGAUUUUUUAACUAGAACCUGGUAGAAACUGUAAAAUAUCUAACCAGUUUUCGUUAUUAUAGCCGUUUUUUACAUUCUCAGAGAAGGUGAAUAUCAUUAGAUGGAUGAUUAGUGAGAAUAAUAUGGCGUUUAGUCAUAGCUAUAUUCAGUAUUAUAAAUACUGAAAUCUUUGAUGUUUUUCUCCAGUAAUGGUUUGUUCACC